UUCCAAAAAAAAAAGUUUGUGGAGGCGGUACCUUGGGUGUAUAAAGUACAACAUACAGCAGUAACCACUUCCUGUCCUCUCGCAACUCGGAUACUUUGGUCGUUUGCAAUCUGAAUUUGAAUCAUCUGUUCAAUUUCUCUGUUAGCAGCAUGCCUCUUCAGUUUGCAUUAUGUCCCGGCAGAAUGAUCGGUGGCUCCCAUCCGUGUUUCAUCAUUGCUGAAAUUGGACAAAACCACCAGGGAGACAUUCAGAUUGCUAAAAAAAUGAUCAAGAUGGCAAAGGACUGUGGUGCCGAUUGUGCAAAAUUCCAGAAAAGUGAAUUAGAGUUCAAAUUCAGCAAGCGAGCCUUGGAGCGCCCCUACAAUUCAAAGCACUCCUGGGGGAAAACAUACGGUGACCACAAGCGUCACUUGGAGUUCAGUCAUGAUCAAUACAGGGAACUAAAAAAGUAUGCAGAAGACAUCGGCAUCUUUCUCACCGCCUCUGGCAUGGAUGAGAUGGCUGUGGAGUUCCUUCAUGAGCUGGAUGUGCCCUUCUUCAAAGUUGCCUCGUGUGAUGCGAACAACUUUCCAUAUCUUGAGAAAACUGCCAAAAAAGGGCGACCCAUGGUGAUAUCCACUGGGAUGCAGUCUAUGGAAACCAUACGGCGUGUCUACAAGACCGUAAAGGAGCACAAGCAGAACUUCACCCUCCUGCAAUGCACCAGCGCCUACCCUUUGGAUCCUAAAGAGGUCAACCUCAGUGUGAUCAAGACAUUCCAGGAAGAAUUUCCAGAUGUUCCAAUUGGAUAUUCUGGACAUGAGCAAGGCAUCUACAUCACUGUGGCUGCUGUUGCAAUGGGAGCAAAAGUUGUGGAGCGCCAUGUGACCCUAGAUAAGACCUGGAAGGGAAAUGACCAUGAGGCAUCCCUGGAGCCCUCCGAGCUGGCAGAGCUGGUCCGAGCAAUCCGACUGGUGGAGACGGCAAUGGGGUCACCAGUCAAGCAAAUGUUACCAUGCGAAAAGACCUGCCAUGAUAAGCUGGGCAAGUCAGUGAUAGCUAAGGUGGCCAUUUCCAAAGGUACAGUGCUCAACCCCGACAUGUUUGUUGUGAAGGUUGGUGAGCCAACGGGCAUCCCUCCAGAGAACAUGCAGAACCUAGUGGGCAAGAAGAUCAAAGUGGAUGUGAAGGAAGAUGACAGCAUCUUGGCAGACAUGAUAGAAUGAAUAACCUUCAAAACUGUUGGAAUAGAGGCAGCCAGAAAGAGAGGGUUAGAAAAUGUAGAAAGAAAUUGGACAGGUGAUGUGAACAGAUAGAGAAACAACAAAUAAGGGAAGAAAAUAUGGGCUUAAAUGAAGAUAAGGUGUGUAUCUGGUCAAAUUAAUGGGGAGAGCGGAAUUGUCAUUCCUCUGCAUAAUUUGCACAAAUAAAGCAAAUUAAAUGUGAACAUGUCUGUACUUCAGAAUUAGAAUGCAGCUUAAGGUGCUCUAUCUGUAUGCUUCCAUGCACUGUUUGCAUGUAAAGGCAAAAAUAUCUGCAUAUUCUCAUGUUAGGAAUGAAUGUUUACAUUUAUAGCAUCAGAUGCAAAUAUAUCUGAUAUGCAAACAUUUCCCCCAAAAUAAGGAAACAACUGUGUAUGAGAUUUGUCAAAACUGACACAUGCACUUUAUAAGAAUAUACAAACACCUUCACUAUUUUGUGAGUGAUUUUUUUUCCUGCUUCUGUUUUCCCAGCACACAUUAUUGAGUGAUUAUGGUGAUAUAUGGUUAUAUAGGUUCCACACCAAUCAAACACACCUUUACCACCUCUGUCAUUUUUGCAGGCUUUACAUUUGGAGAAAUGAUUAUGGUCCUGGAUUUUUUAAUAAUUAUCCUUUAAAUAAAAAAGU